UUGAUACAGCAAUGGACAUGCCAAUGGAACUGACAGCCCUCAACAUUACCCCACAAGGAGCUUUAUUGCAGUGGAACCCUCCUCUGUCCAGCGUUGACAGCUACGUUGUCACCCUCACCUGCAACCAGGGUAGGUGGACUUAUUCUCUCUCACAAACUCUGUAUCUCCGCCACAGGGGUGGAGCGUGUGGACCACCCUGAGUCUGUAGGUGGACUGGACCCCUGCCAGGUCGACUCUGAUAGAAAGUCUAGCGCUGUGUCCCAAAUGGCACCCUAUUCCCCAUCGGACUCUGGUCAAAAGUAAUGCACUAUAUUGGGAAUAGGCUGCCAUUUGGGACGCACAACCUAGGACAGCUACUUGGAAAUAAGCUCAGAUAUCAACCUGCUAUUCGAUGCCGCUUUCAUCAAUAUGGCCACAAAUGUUGGUUCUUCAGCAACCUCUUGCCAAUGUGCUCUAUUGACUCUUUGGUGUGCCCUUUCUCAUUUACUAAUCCAAACUCAUCUAGGCAAUAAAAUCAUGGCAGAAAUGGUUUGUUAACCUGUUAUUUUUCAUCAUCAACAUAGAACCUAUUUCUAAGGAUGUAGUAAGCCAAUCAUUAAACAGCCAAUGUAUCUAGAUUGGUUAAACAAAGUUUAGUCGUGCAAAUAAAUAAGAAAUUGUGAAUUUAAGCUAAAUUGAUUUAACCUCUACGGGAUCGGAUGUCCCGUAUACGGGACGGUUGAGCUAAUGUGCGCUAAUGUGAUUAGCAUGACUGUUGUAAGUAACAGCAAACUUUCCAGGACAUAGACAUGUCUUAUAUGGGCAGAAAGCUUAAAUUCUUGUUAAUCUAACUGCACUGUCCAAUUUACAGUAGCUAUUACAGUGAAAAAAAUAUCAUGCUAUUGUUUGAGGAGAGUGCACAUUCACCUCUGAAGGUAAAUCAUGUACUUACAUUCAGUAAUCUUGCUCUUUUUUUAUUUUAUUUCACCUUUAUUUAACCAGGUAAGCCAGUUGAGAACAGGUUCUCAUUUACAACUGCGACCUGGCCAAGAUAAAGCAAAGUAGUGCAAUAAAAACAACACAGAGUUACAUAUGGGGUAAAAAAAAACAUAAAGUCAGAAAUACAACAGAAAAUAUAUAUACAGUGUGUGCAAAUGUAGCAAGUUAUGGAGGUAAGGCAAUAAAUAGGCUAUAGUGCAGAAUAAUUACAAUAGUAUUAACACUGGAAUGCUAGAUGUGCAAGAGAUUAUGUGCAAAUAGAGAUACUGGGGUGCAAAAGAGCAAAAUAAAUAACAAUAUAGGGAUGAGGUAGUUGGGUGGGCUAAUUUCAGAUGGGCUGUGUACAGGUGCAGUGAUCGGUAAGGUGCUCUGACAACUGAUGCUUAAAGUUAUUGAGGGAGAUAAGAGUCUCCAGCUUCAGAGAUUUUUGCAAUUCGUUCCAGUCAUUGGCAGCAGAGAACUGGAAGGAAUGGCGGCCAAAGGAGGUGUUGGCUUUGGGAAUGACCAGUGAGAUAUACCUGCUGGAGCGCAGACUACGGGUGGGUGCUGCUAUGGUGACCAAUGAGCUAAGAUAAGGCGGGGAUUUGCCUAGCAGUGAUUUAUAGAUGGCCUGGAGCCAGUGGGUUUGACGACGAACAUGUAGUGAGGACCAGCCAACAAGAGCGUACAGGUCACAGUGGUGGGUAGUGUAUGGGGCUUUGGAGACAAAACGGAUGGCACUGUGAUAGACUACAUCCAAUUUGCUCAGUAGAGUGUUGGAGGCUAUUUUGUAAAUGACAUCGCCGAAGUCAAGGAUCGGUAGGAUAGUCAGUUUUACGAGGGCAUGUUUGGCAGCAUGAGUGAAGGAGGCUUUGUUGCGAAAUAGGAAGCCGAUUCUAGAUUUAACUUUGGAUUGGAGAUUCUUUAUGUGAGUCUGGAAGUUGAGUUUACAGUCUAACCAGACACCUAGAUAUUUGUAGUUGUCCACAUACUCUAGGUCAGACCCGUCGAGAGUGGUGAUUCUAGUCGGGUGGGCGGGGUGCUAGCAGCGUUCGAUUGAAAAGCAUGCAUUUAGUUUUACUAGUGUUUAAGAGCAGUUGAAGGCUACUGAAGGAUUGUUGUAUGGCAUUGAAGCUCGUUUGGAGGUUUGUUAACACAGUGUCCAAUGAAGGGCCAGAUGUAUACAAAAUGGUGUCGUCUGCGUAGAGGUGGAUCUGAGAGUCACCAGCAGCAAGAGCGACAUCAUUGAUAUACACGGAGAAAAGUGUCGGCCCAAGAAUUGAACCCUGUGGCACCCCCAUAGAGACUGCCAUAGGUCCAGACAACAGGCCCUCCGAUUUGACACACUGAACUCUAUCUGAGAAGUAGUUGGUGAACCAGGCGAGGCAGUCAUUUGAGAAACCAAGGCUAUUUAGUCUGCCAAUAAGAAUGCGGUGGUUGACAGAGUCGAAAGCCUUGGCCAGGUCGAUGAAGACGGCUGCACAGUACUGUCUAUUAUCAAUCGCGGUUAUAAUAUCGUUUAGGACCUUGAGCGUGGCUGAAGUGCACCCGUGACCAGCUCGGAAACCGGAUUGCAUAGCGGAGAAGGUACGGUGGUAUUCGAAAUGGUCGAUGAUCUGUUUGUUAACUUGGCUUUCGAAUACUUUCGAAAGGCAGGGCAGGAUGGAUAUAGGUCUGUAGCAGUUUGGAUCUAGAGUGUCACCCCCUUUGAAGAGGGGGAUGACCGCGGCAGCUUUCCAAUCUCUGGGGAUCUCAGACGUUAUGAAAGAGAGGUUGAACAGACUAGUAAUAGGGGUUGCGACAAUUUCGGCGGCUAGUUUUAGAAAGAAAGGGUCCAGAUUGUCUAGCCCAGCUGAUUUGUAGGGGUCCAGAUUUUGCAGCGCUUUCAAAACAUCAGCUGUCUGAAUUUGUGUGAAGGAGAAGCGGGGGGGGGCAUGGGCAAGUUGCAGCAGAGGGUGCAGAGUUGGUGGCCGGGUUAGUGGUAGCCAGAUGGAAAGCAUGGCCAGCUGUAGCAAAAUGCUUGUUGAAAUUCUCGAUUAUUGUAGAUUUAUCGGUGGUGAUAGUGUUUCCUAGCCUCAGUGCAGUGGGCAGCUGGGAGGAAGUGCUCUUAUUCUCCAUGGACUUUACAGUGUCCCAAAACUUUUUGGAGUUAGUGCUACAGGAUGCAAAUUUCUGUUUGAAAAAGUUAGCCUUUGCUUUCCUGACUGCUUGUGUAUAUUGGUUCCUAACUUCCCUGAAAAGUUGCAUAUCGCGGGGGCUAUUUGAUGCUAAUGCUGUACGCCACAGGAUGUUUUUGUGCUGGUCAAGGGCAGUCAAGUCUGAGGAGAACCAGGGGCUAUAUCGGUUCUUAGUUCUGUAUUUUUUGAAUGGGGCAUGUUUAUUUAAGAUUGAGAGGAAAUUACUUUUAAGGAACAACCAGGCAUCCUCUACUGACGGAAUGAGAUCUAUAUCCAUCCAGGAUACCUGGGCCAGGUCAAUUAGGAAGGCCUCCUCGCUAAAGUGUUUUAGGGAGCGUUUGACAGUGAUGAGGGGUGGUCGUUUGACCGCGGACCCGUUACGGACGCAGGCAAUAAGGCAGUGAUCGCUGAGAUCCUGGUUGAAGACAGCUGAGGUGUAUUUAGAGGGUAUGUUAGUCAGGAUGAUAUCUAUGAGGGUACCCAUGUUUACGGAUUUAGGGUUGUACCUGGUAGGUUCGUUGAUAAUUUGCGUGAGGUUGAGGGCAUCUAGCUUGGAUUGUAGGAUGGCUGGGGUAUUAAGCAUAUCCCAAUUUAGGUCACCAAGCAGUACAAACUCUGAGGAUAAAUGGGGGGCAAUCAAUUCACAUAUGGUGUCCAGGGCACAGCUGGGGGCUGAGGGGGGUCUGUAGCAAGCGGCAACAGUGAGAGACUUAUUUCUGGAAAGGUGGAUUUUUAGAAGUAGAAGCUCAAACUGUUUGGGCACAGACCUGGAUAGUAUGAUGGAGCUCUGCAGGCUAUCUCUACAGUAGAUUGCAACUCCACCCCCUUUGGCAGUUCUAUCUAGACGGAAAAUGUUAUAGUUGGGGAUGGAAAUUUCAGAAUUUUUGGUGGCCUUCCUGAGCCAGGAUUCAGACACUGCUCUGAUGUGUCAUCCUAAGGGUCCCAGAGACAAAAUGUAGCAUUGUUUUGUUUGAUAAAAUCAAUUUUUAUUGUAGGAACUGGUUUCUAAAGUUUGAACCCCUGCUGUCUCUGGCUCCAUACCCACCCUGCCCGGCCAUCUAUAUGUGUGAAAGUUAGUGUAUAAGCUAAUGAUCCAUCAUGUAUGACAUUCCUGGGAGUGUGUAAACUUACAUUUUGUAUUGCCAUAUCAUUUUUGUAUGUUCUCUAUAGUUAUGUACUUGAAAAUGUAUCAAUUGACCAAUUAGGCACAGUAUUGCAAUGCUUCACUGGAUCAAUCUGAUACUUUUCACACAUGUAUAUUGCGCCUAAACUGCAAUAUUAUACAGUGAGGGAAAAAAGUAUUUGAUACCCUGCUGAUUUUGUACGUUUGCCCACUGACAAAGAAAUGAUCAGUCUAUAAUUUUAAUGGUAGGUUUAUUUGAACAGUGAGAGACAGAAUAACAACAAAAAAAUCCAGAAAAACGCAUGUCAAAAAUGUUAUCAAUUGAUUUGCAUUUUAAUGAGGGAAAUAAGAAUUUGACGCCCUCUCAAUCAGAAAGAUUUCUGGCUCCCAGGUGUCUGUUAUACAGGUAACGAGCUGAGAUUAGGAGCACACUCUUAAAGGGAGUGCUCAUAAUCUCAGCUUGUUACCUGUAUAAAAGACACCUGUCCACAGAAGCAAUCAAUCAAUCAGAUUCCAAACUCUCCACCAUGGCCAAAACCAAAGAGUUCUCCAAGGAUGUCAGUGACAAGAUUGUAGACCUGCACAAGGCUGGAAUGGGCUACAAGACCAUCGCCAAGCAGCUUGGUGAGAAGGUGACAACAGUUGGUGCGAUUAUUCGCAAAUGGAAGAAACACAAAAUAACUGUCAAUCUCCCUCGGCCUGGGGCUCCAUGAUCUCACCUCGUGGAGUUGCAAUGAUCAUGAGAACGGUGAGGAAUCAGCCCAGAACUACACGGGAGGAUCUUGUCAAUGAUCUCAAGGUAGCUGGGACCAUAGUCACCAAGAAAACAAUUGGUAACACACUACGCCGUGAAGGACUGAAAUCCUGUAGCGCCCUGCUCAAGAAAGCACAUAUACAAGCCCGUCUGAAGUUUGCCGAUGAACAUCUGAAUUAUUCAGAGGAGAACUGAGUGAAAGUGUUGUGGUCAGAUGAGACCAAAAUGGAGCUCUUUGGCAUCAACUCACCGUGUUUGGAGGAGGAGGAAUGCUACCUAUGACCCCAAGAACACCAUCCCCACCGUCAAACAUGGAGGUGGAAACAUUAUGCUUUGGGGGUGUGUUUCUGCUAAGGGGACAGGACAACUUCACCGCAUCAAAGGGACGAUGGACGGGGCCAUGUACCGUCAAAUCUUGGGUGAGAACCUCCAUGAAAAUGGGUCGUGGAUGGGUAUUCCAGCAUGACAAUGACCCAAAACACACGGCCAAGGCAACAAAGGAGUGGCUCAAGAAGAAGCACAUUAAGGUCCUGGAGUGGCCUAGCCAGUCUCCAGACCUUAAUCCCAUAGAAAAUCUGUGGAGGGAGCUGAAGGUUUGAGUUGCCAAACGUCAGGCUCGAAACCUUAAUGACAUGGAGAAGAUCUGCAAAGAGGAGUGGGACAAAAUCCCUCCUGAGAUGUGUGCAAACCUGGUGGCCAACUACAUGAAACGUCUGACCUCUGUGAUUGCCAACAAGGGUUUUGCCAUCAAGUACUAAGUCAUGUUUUGCAGAGGGGUCAAAUACUUAUUUUCCUCAUUUAAAUGCAAAUCAAUUUAUAACAUUUUUGACAUGUGUUUUUCUGGAUUUUUUUGUUGUUAUUCUGUCUCUCACUGUUCAAAUAAACCUACCAUUAAAAUUAUAGACUGAUCAUGUCUUUGUCAGUGGGCAAACGUACAAAAUCAGCAGGGGAUCAAAUACUUUUUUCCCUCACUGUAUUGUGACCUUUCUCUUGCAUUUCAAAGAUGAUGGAACAAGAAAAAGUAGAAAAUGCAUGUUUUUUUGUUUGUAUUAUCUUUUACCAGAUCUAAUGUGUUAUAUUCGCCUACAUUAACUUCACAUUUCCACAAACUUUACAGUGUUCCCUUUCAAAUGGUAUCAAGAAUAUGCAUAUCCUUGCUUCAGGUCCUGAGCUACAGGCAGUUAGAUUAGGAUAUGUAAUUUUAGGCGAAAAUUGAAAAAAAAAAAACGGUCUGAUCCUGAAGAUGCAACAUGCAAUUAAACCUGACCAAUAUAACAGCCAUAGGAACCCCAAUCUACCAACCCAAUUGUGCAUAUAUUAGGCAACUGCUAUACAUUCAAACUGUUUAAUGUAAUCAUAAAAGUCAGGUUUGUUUACAAUCUCAUGUAUUCUCCUAUUGUAAUGUAAGUCUUUCUGUUCCUCCUUCUCUUUUAGUGACAGCUGAUACCUUCCUGGUGGAGGGUGUGAAACAGGAGCACCAGCUCACUAAGCUCUUGCCUAGCACCACCUACUCUGUAGCCCUCUACGCCACCAAGGGACCCCUGACCAGUGGAACGGUCAUCGCCAACUUUGCAACACGUAUGUAACGUACUUUACUUGUUUAGCUACGUACCACCUACCCAUUCAGAACCAGCCCACAAAGACUACUAAGAGCAAACAAGCUACUUAAAACUCAUUACUACUAUUCAAUUAACGGGUGCCCUCUCACACCUUUUAGUUAAAGUUUGUCUAAUUAGAAACAGGAAUCAUUGCCCAUCUCAUUGAGGCACUUGCAGUGUGAUCACUGACUGACAAUAUCUCUAAUGCUGGUACAUUAGGACAGCCUCAGUCUCAUAAAAAAAGAAUAUAUCUCCGCAAGAGUUGCCAAGACUGAGGCUGUCCUAAUAUGGACACCUUCACAAGCCAAUGAGAUCAUACCUACUCUACGGCAGGGAAGGGAGAAGAGGAGGGGAGGAAGAUGGUGUAGUUUAGCCAGAGUUGGGGCUCUGGGCCCGGUUGCAUAAAAUACCUUAAGUUUUUCCCUUAAGGGUUUACCUUAAGGAAUAAUUUCACAUUACCUAAGGGAGUUGUUGCAUAGAGCCCCUCAAACAUUUCCUUACGUAAAGGCAUCAUUUAGGCGUUUUACUGUAGUUUGAAGGCAUGUAUGGCAGAAAGAGUCUCUGGUUACCCCGGAGAAGACCUGAUUCACUGAAUGAAUGUCUCAUCAAAGAGAUCACAUUAAUUUCGUGAUCGCAAAAUAGAACUUCUACACUCAAGACAGGAGAAACAAAUUGAUUCAGAACAUAAUAUAACACGUUUUUUUUGUUACUUUUUUCUCAACUUGUUUCUAUUACUUUCUAGCACGUCAAGCUAGCAGAGUAGGUAGCUAGCUAGACAGCUAGCUAUGUAGCCAUGGAUUAUGUACCUUUCAUUGUUUAGCUACCUAGCUUGCUGAUGGAUGUUUUCUUUUUGAAACCAGGGUAGAGGAAAGCAACAUUCAACUCCACAAAUGCUUUUUACAUUGAUAUACAUACUCAAUGAAGCACUUAAGGGACCUCAUGGGCACCCUUAACUUUUUCACUUAAAUUAAGGGGGAAAUUCGCCUUAAAAUGUUUUGUACAACUGACUAAAAAAGAUAAGGGGAAAAUGUACUUAAGAUGUUUUGUGCAACCGGGCCCUGAACUCUAUUUUCAGUGUUUCAUUAACAAAAAAAAUCUCUGUCAGCAGCAGUGCAUUAAUAUCCCCCAGGGAGCAGAGUGGCCCAGGCGGCACUACAGUGGAACCAUAUUAACAUUUUCACAACAAGUGGGCUGCUGCUCUGCCUCUGUACUGUACACAAACUAAUGUCCAGAAUAAAAUAACAACCAGUACUUUUUUGUGGCUUUUUUGUCUUGCGGUAAAAGUCUCCCUAUAGGGAGGGGCAAUUCCCCUAUAUUUAUUUAAUCAACCAGUUCCCUUUGCAAAACUUAAUUUAUAGACACUGUUUUUCACCAAAUUAUUUUGUCUAAAAGUGUCACAGGCCAUCAGCUUUGCUACUCCAGGGCCAGCCUUGUUCUCUAAUGUUGACACGUAAUCACUGGAUGGGGUAGCGAAGUUCACCAGGCUUCAGAGGGUUUUUUCUGUUCUUAAUUUGGGUCUUAUUUAAUUUUCAAUGUGGUUAUGCUCUGCUUACGCUUUGUUUUCGCUGGUUGUUAUGCUCUGAUAAAAAUGUGACAGUGUUGAUGGCCUCUUAUGAGCAUAAAGUUAUUUGCUGACUCACUUUCUAAAAGACUUGACCAGUAAGAGAGAUGUUAUUUAGGGAAGUUUUAGAAAUGAUAAUGUUUCUUCAAAAUAAGUACUUUGGUUUAGUAUCCACCUGAACCAGUGCAUGGGGAUUCAAUUAUUAAUUGUUUGUUGAUUGAAAUACAUGUAUUGUAUAUCUCAGUACAAUGCAUACAGGAGGGAGAUUUACUGAUCUUCUUACCAUAUAGUAAUAAUGCAUUACUGCAUUUGCCAUCUGUUUGCCUAUUGAGACACCUCUAUAUUAGAUGUCGAAAAACUCCAUCUUUCAGAAUAGUGCUGACACAGGGUAUAAUUAAAGAGAAUGAGAGAGAGAGAGAGAGAGAGAGAGAGAGAGAGAGAGAGAGAGAGAGAGAGAGAGAGAGAGAGAGAGAGAGAGAGAGAGAGAGAGAGAGAGAGAGAGAGAGAGAGAGAGAGAGAGAGAGGAAACCAGAGAGAAGUGUAGGCAUUGUGAUGACUUGAAAAGAUUCAAUCACAAUUAAAGGGGAUGAAAGGAAAAUGAAAGGAUUAACGCCCUCUCAGGCGUAGCAGUCAUGUUGAGGAGAGAGGAGGAGAAUGGCAGUCUGUCAGAUAAGACCUGGAAGAGGCAGAUAGGUCAGUGUGGACACCAACAUUGUAAUUUUCUCUAGUGGGCACUACUGCCGUGUGGAGAUGUCAUUGCAUCUCAUGUAGAAAAUCCUUCAGGCCUGAGGCUAUCAGUGGUGAAACACACUGUUAAUUACUGAACUGUCAUAGAGCUCCCCUGAAAACACCUGAGGACAACAGAAGGAGAGCGAGAUAGGAAAAGGAGUGAGGUAGGGAACAGAGUGGGUGGCAGGUAGCCUAUUGGUUAAGAGUGUUUGUCCAGUAACCGAAAGGUUGCUGGUUUGAAUCUCGAGCCGACUAGGUGAAAUAUCUGUCAAUGUGCCCUUGAGCACUUCACCUUAAUUGCUCCUGUAAGUCGCUCUGGAUAAGAGCGUCUGAUAAAUGACAUAAAUUAGUCUAUCAGAUACGUAUCUAGAUGUGCGAGGAGGAUAGAUGCUUUGGCAAAAACGUUUGUCUGAGUAGGCAGAUUUAUUUUUAGCAUGAAUCAUUGGCAGAUAAAAAAAUAUUGCAGUAAAGGACGCUGGGUAAAGGACAUUAGAAUGCAUGUGCAGAAGGGUGAUUCUAACUAAGGUCCGCUAGAGGGGGUUUCAUCAAAUUAGGAGAUAGAUCAUAAUUGGGCAACUUUCCCUAUUUAAGUACAGUAUUUGGAUACUAGAAAUUGACCUCCAGACAUACAGUAGCCUCUAAUGGUUUGACUCACAGUGAUGUAGUUAUCUGCUAUCUGAUUGCUCCCCUGUAGCCAUGGACGCUCCUCUGAACCUGACGGCCAGCGAGGUGAACCACCGCAGCGCCCUCAUCUCCUGGCAGCCACCCAUCGCGGACAUCGACAACUACAUGCUCACAUACAAAUCAGCCGAUGGCAGCAGAAAGGUAGGCAGAAUACAGUAGGGCUUAUCUAACUUUAUCAACAAGAGUUCCCAUUCACAGACACAUACUGAACUGUACAUGCCAAAGAGGUUCAAAUGGGAAAUGUAUAUGAGCCACAAGUGUUAUGUGUAGUGUUUUCAAGCUGCCAAAACACUAGCCUGGUCCCAGAGCUGUCUGUGCUCUUGUCUUCUCCAUUGCUGUCAUUGUCAAGCCAAACAUUGGCAUGAGAAUGAGUGACAAGGAAUUGGAAUCAUAUCACAAACAGACUGGCACUCAGGCUACCAAAACGCUGCCUUUCCUUACGAAAAAAGAUUGCAGUCAGAGUGCAGUAUAACUGUAGUUCAACUGCAGUACGCUGCAGUUAUUAUUACUGCGUCCAAAAUACCACAGUCAACUUCAGUUACUGCACUUUUACUGCAGUUUGAAAACUGCAAUCUUUUUUUGUAAGGGUUAUCUUUGUCUAUGAGUUUCCAAUCAAGCUCACACACUGUAGGCCUCUAUGCUGUAUCAUUAAGCCAAAGGUCCUCACAGGAAAUAUGAUUCGUAACAUAUGAGCCAUAAUAUGAGAAUUACCGGUAGUGUUUUGAAGUUACCAAAACAGUGUACAUAUCUCCCAGACAAAUGACCGUUUAAUACAGACACAUUGCACAGCUCUACUCCACAGUGAAUUCCCAGGCAAUAGAGCCAUUUAGAUAUUUUAAUUUGCCUCCUGGAACAUUUUUCAUUUUAAUUACAUUCUUUGAUGUAGCUGAGUAAUAUUAAUAAAGUAGAUUAGCAAGGUUAUUCCGAUACAAUAUGCCUAUUAAUGACUCACCAGGAACAAUUUCCCCUGAUAUUCUACAGCAGAUAUCUCUCUCAACUAAUUACAUCAUACAGGCAGAGCCCAAGAAUGCAUCCCAAAUUGCACCCUAUUCCCUAUAUAGUGCACUACAUAUGACCAGAGUCCUAUGUGCCCUGGUCAAAUAGUGCACUAUAAAGGGAAUAGGGUGCCAUUUGGGACAAAGUCACAGACAGAGCCCAAGACUGUACUGUCCUCACUGUCUUUAUCUUAUCUAGCUUUAAAUCUUUUUUUAUAUAUAUCUUUCAACACACAUGCAUACACAUGCACGAACACAUCAUACACACACACACACACACUCACACACACACAGUCACAGUCAACACACAUGCAUGUGUUUUACUAUAUUGACCUUGUGUGUUUUUGGUGCUUGUGUUUGUCCAGUGGGUGUCAGUCAUGCACAGAUUAUUUGGUUUUAGUCACAGGAUAUGUUGUUUUACUCUGCUUAGGUUCAUUUCAGUCCCCAUAAAUUCUUCCCAACCUUUUCUCUCUGCUAAUAUAAUGUUCAUAUUCACCACAGUAAUCUGUGUUAGUUUGAAUAUGUUGACCUUCUAGAUUAGAGCAAUACAAUUAUAUUUUGUAAAUUAGGCAACCUGCAAUCUAUUGUAAAUUAUGUUUUGUACAUGAUCAACAAUACCAUACAUGCAAAUAUUUUAUAUCGGUAACUGUUGUUGUAACAAUAAAAUAAUACUCUUGACAAAGAAACUACAGCGAAACAGUACCAGGUCCAUUGUGAGAGAAACAUUAUUUAAAAAGUUGCUUUAACUGCAUAAUUCACACAACAUGUUGUCUUAAAAUGUGUGACUUUUUCCAAAAUGGCUGAACAUUUCAUCCAGUUCUUCAUAGAUAUUUCAUGUGGCUCAAACCUCAUCAGAUUCAGCAGUUCACGCUGCUGUCACAGCCAGCUCCUAGAGAGCUCAUCAUCGAAAUCUAUUUUUUAUUUAAUCUGCCAGAAAAAGAGAUCUCUGAGAAAAAUGGGAUGCCAUCCACUCUGCGACAGAAGAUACGCUUGAUAAAAGUGGAUUUGUCAAAAACAAUUAAAGGGAAUUGAGCCGUCUUGAGUUUUAGACCGAAAUAGCCAUUCUUCCUCUUCCUGGCAGCUCCUUAUAGCACCAGUGUCUGAUAAGGUCAUUUCCCUCCCCUUUAGCUGCGGUUUUAGUUCUCCUUCUGAUCAUUUAGAAAAACACAAGGAAGAGUUGUACAAGGGCCAAAUACACUAGAUAAUGAAUUCAGCAUUUAAAUGGGCCUGACAAUGUUUUAUUUCUGUAAAUGUGCCUGGGUGCUUUUGUUGUUUGUUGGUAGGAGUCAGAUAGUAUCACCGCUAUGGGUUACUGUCUGCUAUACACUUGUUUGGAUUGGAUCUAGCUGUUUGCUGUACCGUAUCCACUCACAGGCCCAUAAAUGAUGUUAAAAGCCCUAGGUCUAUGCUGUGCUUACACUCCUAUUCAUAACAACAGGAAUUAUCAGAUCAGGGUCUGCAUUCACAAAGCGCCUUAGAAUAGGAGUGCUGAUCUAGGAUCAGUUACCGUUCCCUUAUCUGUGUGUUCUCCCCUCUGUGGUGUGUGUGUGUGGUGCUACAGGAGCUGAUCCUGGAUGCAGAAGACACGUGGAUCCGUCUGGAGGGCCUGGCAGAGACCACAGAAUACACUGUGAGGUUGCAGGCUGCCAGGGGAUUAGAGACCAGCGAUAUCGUCUCUACGGCCUUCACAACAGGUAAACACAUAUGCACGCACACUAACACACACACAGAUACUCACACACACACAUACACACACGUACCAUUUAUCCCCACUCCACUCUCUAUCCAGAUUCCAGGCCCAUAUUCAAUAAGCAUCACAGACUAUGAUAGGUGAUCUAGGAUCAGAUCCCCUCUGUCCAUAUAAUCAUAUUAAUUAUGAUCUAAAAUCAAAACUAACCCUAUAUCAGCAGUCCUACUAUGACAUGCUUUAUGAAUAUGGGCCCAGUCCUCAUCAUUCUCCAUUGUGUUGAGCUGAUGUCAUGUGCUCUGUUCUUCUCCGCUCCAGGAAACCGUCUGUUUGCCACCCCUCAGAACUGUGCCCAGCAUCUGCUGAAUGGGGAGUCCCUGAGCGGCGUCUACACAAUCUACAUCAACAGAGAUGCCAAUCAGGGAGUGCAGGUCUACUGUGAUAUGACCACAGACGAAGGAGGCUGGAUCGUAAGUGUCUCACAGCAGGAGAUAUACCUUGCAGAAAAACCCCAACAACACCCAACAUUAUAGUGCAUAGGGUGCUAUUUGGGACAUAUACUUUGUGUAAUUAAAGUGUUGUCACCUGAUCUCCACUCUGCAUCUGUAUCUGGUCUGUGUUCCAGGUGUUCCAACGUCGUCAGAAUGGCCUUACCGACUUCUCCAGGAAGUGGAGUGACUACAGGGUCGGCUUUGGGAACCUAGAGGAUGAAUUCUGGCUCGGUAAGGUCCUCAACAGCUCAUUUCAACCCCAUAACACUUUUUAGGAGGUAUCUCUCGGGGCUACUUAGCUCUGUAGAGAGAUACCCCCGCUCUUGGGGUAGAGUGUGUAGUUUUGUACACUACUUAAAAUAGGAAUAGGAGGCCCUUGUGUUUGUGUUGCAGUCUCUGCUUCUGCUUAUCUCUCCCACAGCAGAAUUAACAGUUGACUUAAUUUACACAUUUGUUUCUAGUCUGUUGUUUCUAGUCUCUCUCUCUCUCCUGUCUUUCUUUCAUUACUUCACUUCACAAACACUAGCUCUGCGAUUUAUUAAUGGAUGUAUUCAGCUCUCAUUUCUCACUGAGAUUACAUGGUAAUUGUUUUUCAUAAAUUCUCUGAUUUUGAUACAAAACAAAAGCGCUCUCUCCUUUGAUGAACUCAUUAUAAAAUCCAUAAUUAUAUUCAUUACAAAAGCUAGAAAUGAACAAUGUUUCUUCAUGGGCCUGUUUUCAUGUUAUUGUUUUUGCAAAUAGAUAAAAGAUGAGGUCAACAUGAAUAUUUCAUAGCAGAGAGCCCAACCUUGAGAACUAGUUUUUGUACUUUUAAUUAGAAAAAUAGAAUUACAGUACAGUACACUUUCAUAACCAAAAAAAGGAUUGUAAAUUAAUUUAACCUUUAGAACACGUGUCAAGCUCAUUUCACGGAGGGCCGAGUGUCUGCGGGUUUUCACUCCUCUCUUGUACUUGAUUGAUUAAUUAAGAUCACUAAUUAGUAAAGAACUCCCCUCACCUGGUUGUCUAGGUCUUAAUUGAAAGGGAAAAAAACCUGCAAACACUAGGCCCUCCAUGGAAUGAGUUUGACACCCCUGCUUUAGAACAUUGCAGAAUAUUGAUGACCCUGCAGAACAUUCAUCCCCAGUCUUUGUCAUGCCUCUUUCUAUAUCACCAAUUGCCACUACGUUCCUACCCAAGCUGUACCUCAGUAUAUCAUCUACUAAUGACACACAAAUCCAAUGCGCUGGGAAACCAGUGUGAAUCCUGACUCAUUCCUGAUUGGUAAAAGCUAAAAGCACUUCUCAUCCAGUAGAUAUUCCUUGUGACCUGUUUCAUUUCUGCUGACUCAGUGCUGUGCUCACUCCUGCUGGGGACGGUAGGUGUCUGCAUCCCAAAUGACUCCCUAUUCCCUAUAUAGUGCACUACUUUUGAGUAUUGCACUAUACAGUAUAGGAAAUAGGGUGCCAUUUGGGAUGCAACCCCGGUCUACACUGUCAGGCCCAUCACAUAUCCCCUGUCUGUCAUUAAAUACACAGUAGGAGGUCACCUCUGGCUCUGGCAAGCACACCCAGUGCUCCUCCUUGCCCAGUCUCAUACUAAUAGAGACCUGGCUGUCCACACUGCAAAAACACCUCCUGCCAUGACAGGGAGCACUGUAGCCAUGUACUGUACCAUUCCUGUGACUGACACUGAUAUGGUAUAGACAUGACAGCAUGGUGGGCUUCAGAUUAUGUAAGCAUACCGCACCUGACCUUUUUUAUUCGACAUCGUACCACAGAGACUAUGUGUUAGACCUGGGAGACAAAAUAACAUUUGGUUUAACUACCCUGAUAUGGACAGAAUAGCUCUUUCUGCGGGGAAACACUUCACAUUAAGUUUGCUUCACACAAAAGAAACAGGAAUUAAUGGAUGCUUUUAUUAGUAGCCGUUUGAAAACAGCACAUUUUUAUUUCAGCUGCGGUGCUAUCCAUUAAUCUGACUCACUGACCCGACCCUGGCCAAAUAUAUUGUCAAUUUGAGGACGUAAUAUAAAGAAAUUGACGCAGUUGUGCAAUAUGCGAUCAUUAUCGCUCUUUUUAAUUUGCCCCUUAAUUUCUGUGGAAGUGUAGGAGUAAGCUGGGUAAUAAAAUGAUAAGAGAUGUUAACUUAGGAGAUAUAAUGAGAACAGAAUACAGCCUCCAAAUGCAUUUUUUAUCCUGCUGGCUAUUUCUAAUCAAGUCGACGCAAAAGCUUUGCUAUCAAUAAAUAGCAGAUGAUCCUGCAUGGCACUGGCAAAUUGGACUUCACUCAAUGUUUAACAAAUCUUAUUACACCAAUUGCUUUUCCCCUGUCACCAGGGCUUUCUUUGCUUUGUAAUGCCGAUUGUAUCUUUUGCUGACAUAUCGGAGCCCGAGCCCAGUUUCUCCCUCGUUCAGUCCAAUGCUUAUCGUCAGAGGCUUGAAGUUUUUUGUAGGGUAUAAAUAAAACUGCUAUCUGCUAUUAUGAGGCAUCUACAACAUCAUAUGAUUUCUUGCUUGAGGUUAAACUUGAAACAUCCCUGCCAAGUGGAGAAGUUUGUUAUCUUGGGAAAGCAAGGUCUAAUCUCCCUGGUCCUUAUCAUCACAGCCUGGCUGGGCUCUGGGCUGGCAGUAGCUGCAGAAGCAAGGCCAAAUGGACCAAAGGCUGUUGACUGGAAGAUAUGGACAGAUUUCACUUCACUGUCAGCUUCCUCUUGUCUCUAUGUCGUUUCCUGUGUGCAUCGGUUCUUGCCAUGUAAAGGUGCAGGUACAAGUUAAUGUCAGACUUGAGUGAGUGAGUUAAUUUGAAACGGCCAAUGGUUAUCUUUAUUCUUCUUCAGGUUUGGACAACAUACAGAAGCUUGCAGCUCAAGGUCGCUACGAGCUCCGGAUCGACAUGAAGGAUGGCCAGGAGUCUGUUUAUGCCAACUAUGACAAGUUCGCCAUCGGAGACGCCAGGAAUUUAUACAAACUCAGGAUAGGAGAGUAUAAUGGCACAGCUGGUGAGCAUUUAUGUACACUCUACUCUAUGUGGCACUGAUUUAAGAUUAAGCAACUAAGCUAUUAAACGUACAGUAUAUUACUUUUAACAGCAAAGAGAUGCAUAUAAACCGAUAGCCCAGCAGUUAGAGCGUUGGGCCAGUAACCAAAAGGUUGUUCGUUCAAAACCCCAAACCGAUAAGGUGAAGAAUCUGUCAUUCUGCUCUUGAGCAAGGCAGUUAACAGCCCCCCCCCCCCCCCCACAACAACAGCUCCCUGGACGCCCACCUAUCCAAUUUAGAGGGGUUGGGUUAAAAGAGGAAGUCAAGUAUCGGUUGGACCUUGUGUGCACUUGCCGAUCAAAAUACAUUUAUUUAGAAAACCAUAAAAGCCAUUCUCUUCCAUCUCUGUUAUGGUGUCUUGAAAGAAGAUCAUUUAUUUAAUCCCAUCCACCCACCACUUGGCUCCAGCCCUGCAGUAUUAUUCAGAUCAGACUGCCAGUGUGCCCAUGUCUUGUGCUGGUUCUUUCUAUUCGUAAUUGAUUUCCAAUCCCUGUCACAGGGGACUCACUGAGCUAUCACCAAGGCCGUCCCUUCUCCACCAAAGACAGAGACAAUGACAUCGCUGUGACCAACUGUGCUCUGUCCUACAAAGGAGCCUGGUGGUACAAAAACUGCCAUCGGGCCAACCUGAAUGGAAAAUAUGGCGAGUCGAGACACAGUCAGGUGAGUGUCCCUGUUCUCCAUACUGUGACUGAGCUGUGACGACUGACAUUAAAGACCACAGUCUGUGAGAUUCCCUUUCAUUUCAAUUAAAAACAUAAAGAAAAUGAAGGCAGUUAGGCCAGCUCCUUUUGUAUUAUACAGUUAGGCCAGCUCCUUCGUAUUAUACAGUAAGGCCAGCUCCUUUGUAUUAUACAGUAAGGCCAGCUCCUUUGGAUUAUACAGUAAGGCCAGCUCCUUUGUAUUAUACAGUAAGGCCAGCUCCUUUUGUAUUAUACAGUAAGGCCAGCUCCUUUGUAUUAUACAGUAAGGCCAGCUCCUGCCGCUUUUCCAACAGUGCGAUUUUGUUAAAAGUACAAAUCUUGUAAAGAGCUUUUGGUGAGGCUACUACAAAAGGCUUGAACACUCACACAAAAUUCCGGCAGAAUGAAAAAUCUUGUCUUUAUGUUCCAAAAUGUUGCCUGUAACAGUUGAAAUGGCUAUUGUAAGGGUUGGUGUGAGGUGUGACCCAGGUGCGGUGCAGGUAGACAGUAGGCAAGGAUGGUUGAAAACAGGGAAUCUUUACUGGUGGUCCAAACCCAAAAAGCCAGGAUACAAAAACAACGGACUAUACACGAAAACAAAUGAGGAGCACAUAGGUCUCCAAAAAACUGGCUGACAGCAAACAAUACGAAAUACUAACUCUGACUGGAAAAACACAAUGAUACAGGGAGAACACUUCUCGAGUACCUGUAACUCCGUCUCGUGAUCUGACACUGAUACGUACUGCUUGACAUUAAGGAACUAGCAGAGACAACUGAGCAAGGGAACACAGGGAAGUGAGGGCACAAAUGCACAGGUGAAUCAGAUAGCCACAGGUGACACCAAUAGACAGAUAAUUAGUCCCGACUGUGAGUGAGGAGAUGCCUAUGGUUGUCGGAGGAUGACACCUAGUGGGUCGCUCCGGAACUGUGACCCACUCCUGUAACAGUGCACCCCCAGCCGUUCACCUCGGAGCCUCCGGGUGGAGGCAACGGAAUGCUGUAUCAGCCCUGGGUCCAGAAUGUCCAUCCUGGGCACCCCGGACCGCUCCACUGGCCCAUAACCCUCCCAGUCCACCAGAAAUAGGAGACCCCUCCCCACCCACUGGCAGUCCAGGAUCUGGUCCACCGUAAAAGCCGGCUGCCCUCCGACGAGGCGCAGAGGGGGAACAGGACGAGGAGGGGGAGCCAGGGGACAGGUGGCGACGGGCUAGAGGAGGGACAUAUGGAAUGUGGGAUGCACCCGCAUGUGGGGGUAAGUUGCAGGCGGUAGGUCACUGGGUUGACUCGCUGGACCACUCUGAAUUGCUCCACGGGACCGCCGCCUCCUUCUCUUGAUCAGGGAAUAGGGGCGCUUGGGGAUAGGCAGGGGUCGGAGCAGCCCUGCCGCGGGCUGACGUAAGCUCUUCGUGCGUGCGCACACCGGGCAAGCGUAUCUUUCUCAGCAGAUGUCCACCAGAACCUCCUAUGCAGGAACUCCAACGUCCUGGCGCCCCCCGGAUGGCUGGUGAGGUCGGACGCGUGCGCCCACUGAAGCAGUCGCGAGUGCGCAGACUUGGGUAUGUACAUCCUCCCCGAUGGACCUCCGCCCGGAUCGGGCUCCCGCCGUAGCGCUGCUCUGACCAGCCUAUCAAUUCCCCACGAAACUGGGGCAGCAAUCAGGGCGUUGGGGACAAUGGGGUCGUCCCUCAUGGCCAGCGUCUCCAGGCCGGGACAAGGAAAGCCAUCGCCCUCGUGUGGGCAUACGCCCGGCAGGAGAUCGAUAGCUCAGUCAUAAGGCCUGUGAGGAGGUAGGCCCUUGGCACGCCUCUUACUAAAGCCCUCCCCCAGAUCCCAAUACUCCUGGGGAAGAGGUGAGGACUGGUAGGUGGUCUGGGAUGGUGGUUUGGGCUGAUGAGUGGUCAGUGGGGAACCGAACAGGACGGGGGCGGAGCCUCCCUCCAGGAUGAGCCGCCCCAUGGACCAGUCAAUCCGGGGGUUGUGAGCGACCAGCCAGGGGUGCCCGAGAAUGAGGGGACAUUCCGGAGAGGUGUCGGAGGAUGACACCUAGUGUGUCGCUCCGGAACUGCGACCCCAUCCUGUAACAGGCUAUAGGAAAUACCAUUGUAAGGAAAAAGGAAAAAGGUUGGUCUGAGAAUAAGGAGACAGCUGAGGAUGUUACAUUCAAAUUAGAAGUGAACUGUCCAUUGAGAACAAUACCUAAACCUAUCUCACUUGGCAUAUGAGCAAUAUGUAAUCGGAAGUUACAUAACUCAGCAUAAGUUUCUAACCAAUGUCUUCUCUUGAUCUUACAGGGUAUCAACUGGCAUUACUGGAAGGGUCAUGAGUUCUCUAUCCCCUUCGUGGAGAUGAAGAUGAGGCCAUUUAACUACCGCAGCAUCAGUGGCAAGCGAAGGAGGUCCACUCCUCCAGAAUAAACCCUUUAUCCCUGUACACUUUUACCCCCAAUCCAGCUAGCUGUUCCCACUUCUACAUAAGGCUGAAAGACAAUAGGACGAGCUAUGUAAUUUAUUAAAACAAUUGAAUGACAAUGGUUCUGUUUGCUAGCCCGGAAAACCAGACUGAAUUCAGCUCUGUUUCACAUUUGUUUCACUCCACUAGUGAAACGAGUGAAACAUAGUGUGAGUCAAUCUGGAUUUUGAGGCUAUCUAUUUGCUAAAGUAGGAAGAGAGGUAAACCAUUAGGUUUGUGUGUUUAGUCAGUUGCCCUGUCCUGGAAAUUAAAGGGGUGAGCUCAGAGUAGAGUUCAUGAACUUCUCUCUGUCUAUAAAAUAUGAGUACAUGAGAGCUAGGAUUAUUUCUCCCAUUUAAAAUAGUAAUUUUAACAAAAUUCUAUAUGCCCAUAAACAUGUAAGAUAUCUCUAUUUUUAUAACUGAUAUGGUAAAAGUCAAUUUAUUACAUGAUAUGAUUUGAUGCCUUGUUACUGAGAUUUUGAUUGAAAUAGCAACCCUCCAUGAGUUUUAUAGACAAAUGCCUGCAUGGAGCAAUUCAUUGGACAUAGACAAAACAUUGGCACUCAUAAUGAGCUAAUCAGCAUUAGCCAUUACCAAGCGACAUACCAGCCUGUAAUAGUGGAUUCAACAUCAGUUAUUUAUUUAUUUAUGUCCAUGUGUCCGAUUUACUUUUGAAUAUAAAAUAAAAUCCCAAAUCCAUACUCUGGUUGGAAUGGAAGAAACGUAGAGCACCAAACAAUGAUUGUGCUCAACUUGAAAUGUACAAGCCUAGCUCCAGUGCCCAUUUAGUAAGAAAAGAACAGUGAGCAAGUUACAUAGUAUGACCACUGUCAUUCAAUUAUUGUCUUGAUACUGCCCUGCAUAACUGAAAUAUAUAACACUGACCAAUAUUCACAUACGGUAUUCUCCUUGAGUAAAUUCCAACUCCACAAACAAAUGUAAAGCGGUAUAUGGAUACUGUAUUUGAAUUAGCACUCUCAAAUGUUUCCCCAUUAUGUUACUUGCAGUGAGGGUGCUAAUAUUAGUUCUGACAUGAAACCAAAGAUUUGCUGAAGAGAAACUGUCGACAGAGCUCCCUUUCUUUGUAACCUCAUCAUCACUUCAGCAGAUUUUUGGGGGGAUAAUUGGUUGUAAUCUCAGAAACAAUUGUCAUGGUUACUUUCUGAGCACUUGUUCUUUGUCAGUAUUAUUUGAAACUGAUAAGCUCAAUUACUGUAUGUUGGUGUUUAAUAGUCGUCCUAAAUACAGUACAUUCUUCCUGUCUCACCCGUAUUUAAUGUCUAACUGUGUUACGCCACCAGUGCAAGUAACAUUUGGCCUGCUGUAGCGAACCCCUCAUGUCCUCAAUGUACAUUUGAUGGAUGGAUACACUGUAUUUCUACUUAUCCAAUCAUUUACAUCAAACCAUUUAAUUUACUGUUGUUCUCCGUUUUCUGUGGUUUAUAUUGACCAAUUAACUUUAUUUUUCACUCACCCAAUCUCUACAAACUCUACCAACCACACAGUGUGUUUGUAACAUAAUGACUGUGUAUAUUUCUUGUUAUUCACUGUCCUUUAGACUUGAUGACUUAAAACAAUGGUGAUUGACCAUCCUAUAGACUGCUGGUACUAUGGUAUAUAUCGGUAUAGGAAUCAGGAGCAUUAUGAAACUCUUAUACUACUUCCCCUAUUGUUCUAAUCAUAGUUGUUAAGACAGACUUGUUUUGAAAAAGGAUGAGCCUACUGCAUGCUAACAGUAUGAGCAACACCUCCAUGGUAAUAACAAAUGUGUCAUGAGAAUAUUAUUGUAUUUAAGUGUUGAAUUUCUCCUCAGAAUUCCACUUGUCCAGUGACUGUUCCAGAGCUGUUAAUGCAAUGCAUCCGAACUCCCUGAGCAAGACAUUGUUUAGUUUUUACUAGAAUAGGGUGUGCACUUGUUUAUUAACUACAUAGACUAACUAUGUCUCAGUGCAUUUUGUGCAAGGAAUGAGAGUGAUGAAGCUCUGUAGAUAACAGAUGGAAUGUACUGUAUGUAACAAAAGAGGUGUCUCUUUUGGCAGAUGCUGGUGUGCCCAAAUUCUAACCCGAAUGCUUAUUGACUCCUCCCAAAAAAUGUCACCACUGUCUUUCAGAAUUUAUAAUUGUCAAUCAAUCAGAAUUAUACAGCGUUAUUGUCCACAAACACGUUUGGUUAGGUGAGGUGUUCUGACAAGAUUAUCCAGAAGGCCUAUUCCAAGCUUUAGCAUAUGUAUACUGUAGUUCUUAUUUAUGUUAUGAUUCCUUUCUGUAAGUCAUAGCCUUUUUCAACGUGCACAAAAGUUAAGCUUGUCAGUAUUUCAACCCCCAGAAUCUCUGCCAAGAAUUGAAGUUGAAGUCUGAGCUGGUAAAGUUAUAUUUCAAUUGGACUGAUUAAAUCAUCUUACCUGUUUUGAUGUUGUUUCAGGGGAGCAAAAGAGAGAAUAUCUACAAAAUUCUACUUGAAUUUGGAAUUAAAGGUAUUAGAGCGUUAAGACACUUGUGAUGUAAUAGCACAUCUAACUUUUGAGGGAACCUCAAAUACAAAUGCAUGUAAUCAAUGAUGGCUGCGAAAAUGCUGAGUACUAAAAGAAUAUAAACAAAUCGAGGAAUACUGAGGAGGGAAAUAAAUGUAUUGUUAGUAAGAAAUAUAAUAGAAUCUCAAUAUGCUGAAUAUAAAGUUGUUUUUCAUGCCUUUCCACUUCAGGACUACUGUAGACAACACGUUGCACAUAUGUGACAGGAGUAUAUGCAAUGCUGUUACUAACUCCAUAAACUGUGAAUGCCGAGUCAUGUAGAUCAAGUAUACCUCUCCCAGGCAUCGUCAGACCUCCACCAGACAUUGCUGAAGCAGAAUACUUACAUUUGGGGGGAAACAGUAGGGCCCCUUAUAGCCACCACUAUUGUUCCUACUAUUGCUCCCAUGCCAUCACUUGAAGGAGGGUGAAUGUAUAGUUCUGAUUAUAGAAUGGAAUAACUAGAAUGGGAAUAACACAGACCACUGUGAUUCUAUUUCUAUGGUUCUGAUGCCUCAUACAGCCAUGAGUAGAAACAGAUUUUGACGUAAUAGGUCUGCAGUUCACCACAUAAUCAACCUCACAGAAAAUACUCUAACGCUCUAAUCACAGUUCAUCACAGUCCAUAUGUAAAUCAACUAAGGGACAAUUGCAUGGCUGUACAAAAAUCAUGCAGAUUAUGGGUGAAUUAUCCUAUCACUU